GCUAUAGACGACAUGGAGGCCUACACCAAACUCACAGAUCACAUAUUUGAGCUGAUUCUGUACUCGUCUGCGCCGGAGCUGUCUGAGGCACGAGCCAUCCUGCACAACAUCGUCUGCAGACGGCUGUACAAGUGUGUGGGUCAGACCACGCCAGAGACGCACCUGGACGCCUCACAGGAGAAGCUGCUUGACUGGGCACAGGAGGUCGCCGGUUCAAAGCCCAGCGGCACAGACGCCAACCUGACAGCAGAGGACUUUGUAGUUCGUGUCAUUCACAUGGAUUAUGGAAUGAAGGAGAAAAACCCCAUCAACAAUGUCCACUUCUACUGCAAGAAAGAUCCCACCAAAGCCAUCAAGAUCCGCAAAAAACAGGUGUCCAAACUGCUGCCGGAGAGCUUCGCCGAGCAGCUGAUCAGGGUUUACUGUAAGAAGACGGAUGACAAGAGCCUAGAAGCUGCUAAGAAGUACUUUGUCCAGUGGUGCAUGGACAGGAACUUCACCAAACCCCAGGAUGGAGAUAUAAUUGCUCCAGAGCUCACCCCACUCAAACGUGACUGGCACACGCUGGAGCGAGACGACGAUGACAGCGAGCUCGAUGACGACGCUGAAGACAAUCAUCUCGGACUGAGAGAUGAAACGCCCAGGAAGACUGGACGUAAUGUGAAAGUCAACCUCUUUCAUGCUCCGGGAGAAAGCAGACUCUGAAUCACUGGCCCUGUGCUUCUCUCAUUGAGAAUAUUUGGAGCGAUCACCAGAUGCUCAUUCUAUCUCAACAGUGCUUUUGAGCUUCGUUUAAUCUGUGUUUUGCCGCUGUUUGCUUUUAUUUUCAGCUUUAAUAUCAUGUUCAUUGCCAGGGUUUUAAUGCUACUCGCACCUCUGAAGCUUUAUUAUACAUCAAUCCAGAAUGAAUGUCUCUCUCCGCCAUCCAUUAUGUUUCGAUGCAGAGGGAAGUGUUAAAUGCAUUUUGGCAUUCUUUAGUUUUUUUUUUUUUUCCAUUUUUUUUAAAUUUAUUUAAAACUUUUUAUCAGGGACUUGCUGUUACUUUUUUCUGUUAAUCGGCCCUCCACUCACUCGCAGUGUGUAAAAACUCGUGUUAUAAUGAGUCUCAAAUGUGAUGGCAUAUAUCUAUAUUUGAGCGAACUAUAUUUUUUAGACUCUGUAUUACAGUAAUGGGUGAUGGUGGUCUGAUUUUCUUGGAUCGUGUUUCAGAUGUUCUCAUCAGUACAGACUUUUGCUGUGAACAGAUAUGCUCAGUUACUCAUUUCGGUCUGUAUUGAAAUAUUAAAAUUGUCACAGCACAAUCACAUCAAGUCUGUUGUACAGAAAAAGGUUCACUUAAAGAACAUGUUGUGCAUGUCGUGCUUAAAGAUGUAGUGCUGAAUCAAUGCAAACUCAAUCAACAUCUCAAAAUUCAGAGCAUGCAAAUAAAAAUCCAGUCAUGUCAUUCUUUGUUUUAAUGUGGUCUGAAGUACAGACCCACUAUUAUCAACUAUUAUGUACUUACAUUUGAAUUAAUUAAUUGAUACAAUGCACUUGUGUAUAUACAUGUUUUGGGACAUAUGCAUGGGAUUUUAUAUAUAUUUGUGUAUCUGUAAUUAAUUUCUGUAGUGGCAUCUAUAAUUACACUGUUGACCCAAACCAGUUCCUAACCAUCCUAACGGUGACCGUGAUUUCACCAAGUACAACGUGGGGUGCUUCUCAAUAUCCCUCGUUUCCUCGCUCCUCUGUCCUCCAUCCUAUGACCCGGAAACCGAUCGAGCUCAGCCAUCUUGUAGGACAUCUCAAUUCUCUUCAUUUCACCGCGAGGAGUGAGGAGGCUUCCUGAGGAGCUAUGAGCGAGGAUACACGGGUGAAUUCAUCGAAAAACCUGAUGCACGUAUACAUUCUCCUCCCCCUUCACAUCUGUUGUAAUCAUUUUAAUUUAUAUUUUACCUUUGCAGUUUAAA